CUCCCCGGCCCGCGCAAUGGUCCAGAUGAAGACACAGGAAAGAAAUCGGGGGCUGUCAUUCGUAUGUAUUUGACACGUCAUUUGCGACGACACAUGCAUGAUGAAUCAUGAUCAAUCAUCUGAAAUGAUCUUUGAUUCUAAACAUCAUCAUGCAGCAAGGCCCACAAUUAGGCUUGUACGGUUUCAUGAUCUCUAUCAUCUCCGGCUUGCGGUACUUAACCGCCAAUUCCCAGGGCGUGUAGUAUUUAUAGGCAGAGCAAAUCCCCUGAUCUCCGUUGUCAUGAGAUGAGAUGAGCACAUCACUCACUGAACCCAUCGAAAUGAUGUGACCAUUUAUGUGUACUCACCGCUCUUUUCUUGAUGUCCAGGAGAGCACCACCACCACCCCACUCGAGCCUUCGAGAAUGACACAUACACAGUGAGAGGAGAAGUUGGUUACAGUCAUAUGUGUCGCUCACAGCUGAGACACAGCUGCAGGCUGGUCAUUGAGCACAGCACAAUGGAGUGCCGUGAAGGCGCCGUG